AUGAAUUCCUCACUUAAAUUGGUGGUUUUUACAAUUUUCCUCACUAUCGUCCACUCUGCAACAAUAGGGAAACUUCUACAGGUCCCUGAUAAGGAUCCAACAUUAAAAGCGUUGGUUUAUAAAGAGGGUCUCCCGAAGGCUAACGCUAAAUUACAUGACAGUGUGCUCUGGGUGCCGGCUACCACUCAAUUUUCGGCCAGACGGAUUACUGUAAUGAAUCAGGGAAAAUUGUACAGCACGUGGACGUAUGAUAUGUUGUUGCAGCAGAGUAAUUGUCCCAGCAGGAAUACCCCAAUGUCCGACCUGGCCGGAUGCAAGCCCAACUCAUCGUCCCCAAAAACACUUUGUAGUGUUCAUACGUCUCUUUUCGACAACGACUUCUCAUCUGCCGAAUCAGAAGUUUAUUGUACUAAAGCUUGA